GAAUAUGUUCUUUGAUAUAUGAACUGAAAUCGCGUCUUGUGUCCGCGUGUUCACAACUUGCCGAAAGAUUGAUAUAAAAAGGAGGGAGAGAGAGAGAGAGAGAGGGAUUUUGAUUGAUAGAAGCUGCGAGAGCAAGCAGUCCACAGAGGGGAUCUUCCAAGCUUUUUUUUCCCUCUCCCAUGGCGGCCUCUGCUCGAGCUUUUUUCCUAUCUCGCGUCACCGACUUUUCAAUUAAACCACGCCUCCCUCCCCAACCACCGCCGCCGCCGUCGUUGCCUUCUUUUUCGUCUCCACAUCUCGGCGUUCUACGACGGCGGUUUACCAGCUCGUCUGGAGCAACUACUGUGAGCUGCCUUGUCUCGGGAGUGGAUGGCGGUGGAGUUUCCGAUGACUUCGUUUCCACUCGGAAGUUGAAAUUCGAUCGCGGAUUCUCCGUAAUCGCGAACAUGCUUAAGCGGAUUGAACCGCUCGAUACCUCCGAUAUUUCCAAUGGCGUCUCUGAUGCUGCGAAGGAUUCGAUGAAGCAGACUAUCUCUUCAAUGUUGGGUUUGCUUCCGUCCGAUCAGUUCGCUGUCACCGUUAGGGUUUCAAAAAACCCUCUCCAUAACAUCCUCUCUUCGUCAAUUAUCACCGGGUACACCCUCUGGAACGCGGAGUAUCGGCUGUCUUUGAUGAGGAAUUUCGACAUCUCGCCGGAUAAUUUGACGGGUUUGAACAGAUCAAAACCAAUGGAAGUUUCGGACGUUGAGGAGACUCUUGUUGGCGUUGAUUCCGAUGUGGAAGAUUUGGAUAGAACAAGGCCUCGUCUCUUAACCGAUUUGCCCCCCGAGGCGUUGAAGUACAUCCAGCAAUUGCAGUCGGAAUUAUCGAAUCUCAAGGAUGAACUAAAUACUCGGAAGCAAGAAAACAUGCAGAUGGAAUAUGGCAGAGGAAAUAGGAACAAUUUGUUAGAGUAUCUGCGUUCUUUGGAUUCAAAUAUGGUGACUGAACUCUGCAAACCAUCUACGUUGGAGGUGGAGGAAAUCAUUCAUGAGCUUGUUGGAAACAUAUUGCAAAGGUUCUUUAAAGAUGAUGCUAGCUCUACUUUCGUUGAGGAUUCGAGUGUGGCGGAUUUAGGGAAACUUGCUAAUGCUGGCGAUGAGUUUUAUGAUACUGUAGGCACUUCUCGGGAUUACCUUGCAAAACUCUUGUUCUGGUGUAUGUUAUUGGGUCAUCACUUGAGGAGCUUGGAGAAUAGACUGCAGUUAAGCUGUGUCGUUGGGUUGUUAUAAGAGAAGGAAGUGUACAUUCUCUCUGUACUUCCCCCCUUAGCUUUAUAUUAUGUCUAUACCUUCUAUAAUUGUUCUUCAAUAAAAGGAAUAUUUUAGCCUCUCUUAUAUUUACUUAUGAUUACCAAAGCAAAAUAUCGAAGUUCUCGAACGAGCAAUCGAAAAGGUCCCAGCUAUUGAGGUAUCCCCUUCGUUCUUAAUUGUCUCAAAUCCAUGAAGUUUCUCCUUUUUUCCAUAAUGAAUGUGGGAGUAGUAAGUAA